ACGAGGGCUGCAAUCCAGCAGGUUUUCCUUGUAUCCCUGCUCCAACACACCUGACUCAGAUCAAUGAGUCGUUGUGCAGAACGUGAUUGGCCGUUUUUAUCCAUUUAAUUUGAUUCAGGUGUGUUGAAGCAGGAAUACAUUGAAAACUUGCUGGAUUGCGGCCCUCGUAGGACUGAUCAAGAAGCCCUGAUCUAAAAGUUGAAGAAUACUAGCUCUUGAGGACUGGAUUUGGACACCCUGAACUAAAUCCUUCGUUGGUCUUGACUGAGUUGUGGUAAAAAUCUAAUGUGAUUUAAGUUUGCAUAAUCCUUUGUUACAAAUGUUUGAGUUACAGCAAUCAAUCCUGCAACGAUGAGUGAGAAAACAAAGAAGAAAGCUCGGACUACCUUUGGGGCCACAGCGCCACCAUUCCUCGACUACUUGAGAGAUAUUCUGCGUCGGUAUCCAGAUGGUGGACAAAUUUUGAAGGAACUUAUCCAAAAUGCUGAUGAUGCUCAAGCCACAGAGGUGGUUUUCAUCCACGAUGAGAGAAGCUACCAGACUGAGAGUCUAUGGACUAAUGAAUUGGGAAAAUGCCAAGGUCCUGCUCUCUACACAUACAACAAUGCUGUGUUUACUGAUGAUGACUGGGACAGGAUUCAGAAAGCAGGAAGAAGUGGCAAGAUCAACGACCCAAACAAAAUUGGAAGGUUUGGAAUCGGCUUCAACUCUGUUUAUCACAUAACAGAUGUGCCAAGUAUAUUCAGCUCAGGACACCUUGGACUGAUGGACCCCCAAGAAAAGAUUUUUGGAGAAAGAAAUGGAGGAUUUUUGUGGUCCUUGAAUGAUCCCGAACACCAACAAGCUCUGACGACAAUGCGGGAUCAGUUCCAACCCUUUAGAGAUAUAGUUUCACUUGUAGGGAAACAGGAUUGGUCUAAAGUUGUUGAGGAGGAUCAGUACUUUAAUGGAACAAUCUUCAGAUUCCCUUUACGCAACAAGAAAUCAGAAAUCUCAGAUAAUCUGUAUGAUUCCAAAAAGGUAACUGAGCUUUUUGAUAGCUUUAUUGCAGAUGCAGACUUAAGCCUCCUCUUCCUGAAAAAUGUGACCUCUGUAUGCUUGAUACGUAUCAGUGCUGAUGGCACCGUUCACAAGAGACUGGAGGUGAAAUCUUCCGAUCCCACAGGAGUCAUUGUAAAGUCAGAGAAUGAGUCAGUCAUCAAAUCUUUGACAAGAUUCAAACAGAUAACCCUCGACUCAGAAGACCUCAGAGAAACAAAGUGGCUUAUAACAACGUGUACCAUGAAAGAGGGAAAAGUAAAAGAUCUUGAUGUUCUCGCAAAAAAGUUGAGCUUUUUUCCUCGCGUUGACUUGGCCUUCCCCUGUGGUGAAGAGAGACAUGGUAGUGAGGGUAGACUGAGCUGCUUCCUCCCCCUCCCAAACAAUGAGUCCAACAAGACAGGCCUCCCAGUUUAUGUCAACGCUUGCUUUGGCCUCACAGACAAUAGAAGACACAUCAAGUGGCAAGAGGAAGACCAGAGACACGAUGAACAUGCUUUGUGGAAUGAACUGCUGGUGAAGAAAGUGCUCCCACAAGCAUACCUGAAAAUCAUUCAAGAUGCCAUCAAACUUUCCCAACAAUCCAGUCUUCCUGUCUCUUCUGUGUACAAUCUGUGGCCUGACAUCACUCAGCUGCAGCACAGAAACAAAUGGCGUGAUGUUGCUCUGGAUGUUUUUCACCACUUAUUCAAACAAAAGGUGGCUAUCCUUUCUCUUGCCAAAGAUGAACGGAAGUUUAUCCCUCUAUCAGAAGCUGUGCUGCCCUGUAAUGGUCCAACGAGCCCUGAUAUAAUAUCUGCCAUCAGAAGGACUUUGGUGUCCUGUGGAGAAAAUCUUGUCACUUUGUCUGCUAGUGUUGCCAAGGCUAUUGAAGCCACUCCACACCAGUCAGCCCCAAAACGUGUGACUCCGACCUUCCUGAGAAGAAUUCUACACAAAACUGGAGUACAAAGCAUCACUAAGGAUGACAAACUGUGUCUUUUAGAGUACAUACUGAGUGAUGGAGAAUACAAAGAACUCAAGGGUCUUCAGCUGCUUCCACUCAGUGAUGGCACCUUCAGAUGUUUCACAGACAGAGAGGAGGACACCGCUUUAAUUGACAGCAAGGAAUUUCCAAGAGAACUGCUGCCAUACUGUAAACACCUCUUUAUCGCACAAAAGCUCAGUCCAGCCUGCAGAACCCACUUAAAACAACUGGCCAGAAAAAAUUUAUUCAGGGUUAUCAACAUUGAUAAAGCCCGUGUGGCUGAAUACACAAGAAGAUAUUUACCACAGGACUGGAAGCUGACAGGAACAACCCUUGUUACAUGGGACAGCAGCAACACUCAGCAUCCACCGUCCGACUGGUUUCAGAAAUUCUGGAAGUUUCUCAACACACACUUCAGUGAGCUAAGAGACUUUAUUGACAUACCUCUCCUCCCUGUCAGUUCUCUGUCUGUCGGUCAGCCUGUAACAGUAGCUAAAUUACAACAAAACACGACCCUCAUUUUUCAGAGCAGAAAAGAGAAGAGUUUACCAGAUCAAAUAGCUCAGCUGGUGACCAAAGUAGGUGGCACAGUGGUGAGAGGAAAUGAGUGGAUUAAACAUGAAGACCUUGACACAUAUUUACUGAGCCCAUCACCAAAGAGUGUCAUGAAAGUCUUGAAAAAUCUAGACUCCAAGUGUCUCAUCAGAGACUUAAAGUCUGAGUCUCACAAAGCACAUGAAGUACUGAAAGAUUAUCUCUCCCUCCAGAGUUCUCUCUCAGACAUAGAGAAAGAUUUACUCUUGAUGUUGCCUCUGUUUCAGACAAUGAGAGGAUCCAGUGUUGCAGCUCGAUCAAAACAGGCUGUGCUUCUAACAUCUGAUCCAACAAUACCCACAGAGCUGCCAAUGCCGGAUUCACUUAUUCAGUGUGUUACUGAGGCUGAUCGCAGACUGUUAAAGCUGCUCAAAGUUAACCUCCUGGGCCCAGCUGAAGCAGCAGUUGUCCUCAUUGAUGGUAUUGAGACAGGAACUUGCAGCAAAGAGGAAACUGAGAAAAUAAUGACUUGGAUUUUACAGCACGGUAACAUCCUUUUCUCUCAAAAUCAGUCCUUGAAAGACAGAUGUAGGAAUCUGAGCUUCAUUGAAGUAAAUGGAAAGAAGAAAAUGACUUCAUGCUUUUUUGAUCCAAGAAUUCAAACUUUCAAAGUAAUUUUUGAGCCAGAUUUCUUCCCCCCACCUGUUUACACUAAAACACCACAGAUGCUGGAAAGCCUGACAGAUCUGGGAUUAAAAAAUAAAGAAGCUGAUAUUUCACCUGAGCAGUUCUUGCAUGUCUCCACACAGAUUGACAAACUGCAUGUGCACUCACACACUCAGGCUCUCAAAAUGGCUCAAGUUCUCUUGGAAAUACUGGAUGCUAAAGACCUGCAGUCAAAGUCUUCUAAUGAGCAGCUUACUCACCUCUGGAAGCUAAAAUGGAUCCCAGGAGAUCAAGCUGGAAAUGACAAAGGACAAUUUAGAGAUAAAUCUCAGGGAAGCUGUUUCUACUGCCCAGAUGAAAUGAGACACAUCAUGUAUCAUGACGUUGUUGGACAUGUAAUGCCCCUUACAGGGAAGCUCAGUGACAAACUGAACAAUAAGCUUGGCCUCAAACGCCUGCCCCCACCUGAGAAAGUCAUUGAGAACUUGUCAGUCUUGAAAUCCAAAGCACAGGAAAUGGCUGAUCCUGAUACAAAUAUAGGCUUUAAAAGAAGUUUGCAUAGCAUUUAUAGACACAUGCAGGAAAACAUCUCUACAUUUACAGCAAUGAUGAACAAGGAGACAGACUGGCUGUGGGCCCACAACCAGUUUGUUUCACCUCACAACCUGGUUCUUGACUACCCACACGAUCUAGACCUGAGCUCUUACAUUGGGAAGGUGCCAAAAGAAUUUUUGCCUUACAAGGAACUGCUCCGGGAGCUUGGCCUCAAAAAAACACCUUCAAGUGAAGAAAUUGUUGACAUUCUUUAUUCAAUCCAAAACAACAUUCAAAGACGACAAGAAGCAUUUGCAAGUCCUGCAGAGGUUAAAGUGUCGAUAGAGAUUCUUAACUGGCUGUGGAGAGAGAAGAAGACAGUUCAGGAUGACACCCCAGUGCCAGUCAUCAUAGAGAAUGGACUAUUCACCCUUAAACCACGAUCAGAAGCACUCCUCUGGGAUGUCAGCAAAACUGGACAUGAAGAUCUUCACUUCAGUCAAGACAAUAUGUAUAUCUUACAUGAAGAAAUCCCAAUAGCAACAGCUGAAUGGUUGGAAAUCCAGUUCCUCAGUAACUACAUCCUUGCUCCAGAGUUAGUGGGAAUAGAAGAGUGUGGACAAUCUGAACCAAUUACUAUGAGAAUUAAAAACAUCCUUAGAGAGUAUGAUGAAGAAACUGACAUCUUCAAAGAGCUCCUUCAGAAUGCAGAGGAUGCUGGAGCAGAUGAAUGUAAAUUCAUGGUGGAUUUCAGAGAGCACAAAGAAAAGCCCGACAGACUCAUUGAUCCUGAGAUGGCCAUUUGUCAGGGACCAUGUCUCUGGGCAUUUAAUAAUGAGCAGUUCUCGGCUGAGGACUGGGAAAAUAUUGUCAGGGUUGGCUCUGCCUCAAAGGAAAACAAAGUGGAAAAGAUUGGAAAGUUUGGACUUGGAUUCAACACUGUGUAUCAUGUGACAGAUGUGCCCUCCAUCCUCAGUGGCAACAGGCUUCUCAUACUUGAUCCAAAUGUUACUCACCUUAAGAAGCACAUCAAACACAAAACAAACCCUGGAAUCAGACUGGAUCUCUCUCAAAAGAGACUUUUUGAUUGCUUUCCUGGUCAGUUUGCACCUUAUGAAUGUAUUUUUGACUGUAAUUUCACCAGAAAAAGUCCUCCUGAACCCUACGCAGGAACUCUGAUCAAACUACCUUUCCGAAGGGAAGAGGAGGCUCAGAAUUCUGAAAUCAGCACAAAGGUGUAUCACAAACGUGAUAUCAUUGCUUUGCAGCAGAACUUCACAAUCAAUCCACAAAGUAACCUGCUUUUCCUCAAGAACAUCAAUACAUUGUCCCUACAAAGCAUAUCGGACAACGGAUCGACUCCACCAAGAGAUGAUGAGAUAAAGACCAUCCUGACUGUGUCCAAAACUGUUGUGGGCACACUAAAGAUCCAAGAUGAAACUAGUUUAUCAAAACAGCAUCAAGCUGAGAAAGCACUGAUUAAGCUUGAUGGGAAAUGCAAAGAAAUAAUUGACAGUGACACAGUCAGCAUUGUCCAACUAACCAGCAACCAGUCUGGUGAAAGUGAACAGCAGUUCUGGCUGCUGUACAGCUGCUUUGGGACAGAUCAGUCUUUGAACGUGUCUCUUCAAGAAAACAAGAAAUCCAGAUUUUCCUUGCCCAUCGGGGGGGUUGCUGUGCCCUUGAAAACCAACCCAGAGAGUCAAAAACUGUCCCCGCUUCAAACAGAUCUUGUUGGACAAGCAUUUUGCUUCCUUCCUCUCCCCAUUCACACAGGUCUUCCAGUAAAUGUAAAUGGAACAUUUGCUGUGAUGAGCAAUCGGAAAGGUCUGUGGGAAAGUGGAGAGAAAAGUGAUUGGAACAAAGCUCUUCUUCAGGACCCUCUAGUGACUUCAUAUGUUACUGCACUUUUGGCACUAAAGGAAAUGUCUGAAAACAAUCAUCUGGAGGACUACUGUUACCACUCCUUUUGGCCUGACAGGGAGAAAGUGAGCAAUACUUUCAAGCCUCUGGUGGAUGCAUUUUAUUCUGCCAUUGCUCAGCACUCCAAUGGCCCAGAGCUCCUGAGUGAUGGAGAAGACUGGUGCUCAAUGGACAAUGCCAUAUUUCUACAUGAGAGCAUUGAAAAGGAUAAAGACAUCAGCACACUUGCAGCACAGGUGUGCAAGAAAUAUGCCAAAGCAUCUAACUGUGUUGUUCCUCUCCCACUGUGGUUGAGAAAUGGCUUCAAACAAGCUGGCCUAGAGACGGUUUUGAAAAACAAGACCUGGAACUGGAAGAAGCUUUAUCAAGAGGUAGUGUUCAAAAACCUUGAAAUCAUGGACCCUAAAAGCAGAGACACUCUGAUACUACAUGCAGUUGACCUCAACAUCAAAGAAAUUGAUGAUCUACUGCUCUCUUAUCCAUGCAUACCAACAACUAAUGGACAGCUUCAAUUUAUCAACAAACUUGUGAACCCAUCAGGAAGAGUGGCCUGUCUUUUUGAAGGAGAGGAGGGACGAUUGCUUGGUGGUACCAAAAAUGGCUUUAACUCCCCCAGAAGGAUUCAGCGUCUUUUGGAUCUUGGAAUGGCAAAUGAUGAUCUUCCACUGGAGGACAUCACAAAGAAAGCAGGCACAGUCAAUGAAAUCUGGAGGGCUGAUGAAGAGAAAGCGUACAGGUGUUUAAAGUGCCUUCUUGAACUUAUGAGGAAUCACAUGAAUGACCAAGACACUCUCCACUGGGAAACACUGAGGAGGACUGCAUUUCUCCCUGCAUUUUCCCCUGGUGACAUAAAAAUGGAGAGAAAGAAAACUCUUCAAAUGCCCACAGCUGUUUUCAGUGACAAGUUCUCCCUGCUUGUUAACAUGACGCAUCCUGUGCUGGAUCACACUGGUCUGAAAAUACACAACACUGAUCCACUUGUAGAAGUUUUGGGAGUUUGCAGCAGUCCAGAUCCAAACACUGUUCUUCAGCAGCUGCAAGAAGCAUGCGAGAAAUCACAAUCCAUAGACAUACCUACACUGAACAAAAUAGCAAACGAGUGCUACAAGUAUCUAGAUCGGCAGAUCAGUGGUUGUAUGGAUACAACUUUUAUUUCAAAGAAGGCAAAUUCAUUCCCAUUCAUCCUUGUUGGCGACACAUUUGUAAAUGUCAGCUGUGUUGCUGAAAAUGGGCAGUUUGAAGCAAAACCAUAUCUCCACAUCCUUCCACCUGCUUUCACUAGUUUCAGGAAUCUCUGGGAAAGUGUGGGUGUUAAAAGAGAGUUUAAAAUCAAUCAGUUUCUCACUGUUCUCCAGGAGCUGCACUCUAAACAUGGAAACAAACCACUGCCAAAUAGUGAUCUAUCAACUUGUCUCACUAUUUUAAACAAAGGGAUAUUUGAGGCAAAACAGGAAACAACAGAUGACUUCCUGAUACCAAAUGUGCAUGGUGUUUUACAACCUGCAAGAGAGCUGGUUUACAAUGACAGCCCAUGGAUGCCAGUAAGCUCAGGUGUCACUUUAUGUCACGCAAAUAUCUUUCGUGAUUUGGCUUGCCACCUUGGAAUCAAAACAACCAGGCAUCACAGUCUGGAAAACUACCAAGAUGAUAUUUCACCAUUCGCUUUUGAGUUUGAACAACAUGAAGAACUAUCUGUUCGGAUAAAAGGCAUCAUUUCAGCUUAUCCAUCAAAGAAGGACAUCCUUAAAGAGCUCAUCCAAAAUGCUGAUGAUGCUGAAGCAACAGAAAUCCACUUUGUUUGGGACAAAAGGCAACAUGGAAAAGUAAAAACAUUUGGGGAGAGAUGGAACCGUCUGCAGGGUCCAGCACUGUGUGUGUUCAACAACAAAGUGUUUUCUAAAGAUGACCUGACUGGUAUCCAGCAGCUGGGAGAAGGAGGAAAGCAAAACUCUCCUGGGAAAAUAGGCAAAUAUGGAGUUGGAUUCAACUCUGUUUACCACCUGACUGACUGCCCUUCAAUCCUCACUGGAGAUAAACUACUUUGCAUUUCUGAUCCCAACAAGGAAUACAUUGACUGUCACUCAGACAAACGUCCAUAUGGCAGGGGCUACAAACUACCUGACUCAUUCAAGGAAAUGUACAUGGAUGUCUACAAGUCCUUCCUUCAUGAUAAAUUCCCUCUUAAAGAGGGAACCAUGUUCAGAUUACCUCUGAGGACGAGUGCAAAUGGAAAAAUCUCAAAAAUAUCACAAAAAAAAGUCACUAACAGUGACAUGACAGAACUGUGCUCUGCUCUGUCAGAGGAUCCAGAAGGAUUAAUGCUGUUCCUUAAAAACAUCUGCAAAAUAAAAAUUCACGAAAUUGAUGAACAUUCAGGAAAACUUAAAACAAUCUUUGAGGUUGAAAAAAGUCUGCCAGAAGGAAGUCAGGAAGUAAAAGACGGAUUUGUAAAAUGUCUACAAGAUGCCCUUAAAUCUGAGACACUGCUCACCCCAAACAAGGUUUUCUAUGAAACCACCAUAUCCACCUCAAACAAGAGACAAAGUAAAUGGAUCAUUGCAGAACAGUUUGGCUCAUUCAAAGACAAUGAUGACAUAAAGCUAUCGAACAAACUUCCACAGGGAGCAAUCGCUGCACAUGUGAGCAUAAAGACAAACCCAUCACAAUCCAAAAAAAUGGAUUUCAAAGGUGCAGCAUUUUGCUCCCUCCCCCUUCCUGGAGAAACUGGACUGCCAGUACAUGUCAAUGGAAACUUUGAGGUGGAUGCUGGCAGGAAAAAUCUGUGGAAAGACGAUGGAAAAAGUCACAGGUCAAACUGGAAUGAGUUUUUGAAACAAAACAUCAUUGCUCCACUGUAUGCAGAUCUCUUGCAUCAUAUCAGAUGUAAAAUUCCAGUCAAGACAGUUUCUCAUAAAGAAACUGAAUCAUGUUUCAAUAACUCAUAUUUGUGUUUUUGGCCGACUGUGUCUGAAAAUGUUGGUCCAGACUGGAAUGAAAUGAUACAUGAGGUAUACAGGUCGAUGAAAGAGAAAGGUCUCGAUGUGAUUCCAGUGUUGAGGAGCUCGAUACGCAAAAUUUUAGAGCGUGAAAUCAGAGAGUUUUCUUUUGACUGGUGUAACCUCAGCAAAACAGAGACAACGGAGGUACCUUACCUGAUACACUCAGCAUUUGACAAGAUUAAUCCCAUUUUAGAAGUAGUUGGAAUGAAACUUGUUCCUACUUCUCCCUGCAUGGAGAAGAUUUGGAAAAAUAUCAAGGCUGCUGACAUUGAUGUGAAAGAAGUUGAUCCUGCUGCAGUGCGGAAUUUCUUAAAAGAAAAACCUCUCAAUGAUCCAACCCAAACGGAUGAGGAUUUACCCUUACCCAUAACUGCAACUCUGAUCAGAGAUCAAACCCGAUGUUCUCAGCUCCUGAACUUUUGUUUAAAGGAUUUCUCCUUGAAUAAAGCCAUCAAACAGAAUCCCAAUUCACUCAAUGGACUUCCACUUCUCCUCACAAGAGAUCAAGUUCUGAGAGCAUUUAACUCUGAGUCUCCAAAGUUUAUAUCAGGAUAUGACAGUCUUUUUGAUGGGUAUGAAGACAAAUUUGCAGAUCAUGGGACCAACAAAGAUCAUACUGAGCUUCUUCAAACUUGUAACCUUGUCAAGAAUCUGACACUGGCCCAUGCAGCAGAACUUUUGAAGCCGUUAGUGCAGAGUCGUCUUCAGAACUGUGAACAUGAUCCAGACAGUGGUCUACAUGUCUUAGAUGAAACGAUGUUGAAGUGGCUGGAGUCCCUUUGGAGGUUCAUAUUAAGUAAAAUUAAAUUUAAAUCAUUUUCUGAUGAUGGACAAAGUCUGACAUUUAGUGAUGUGAAGGAACUCUUAAGUGACUUCUGCAUUCUACCUGUUGUUGGUCCAAACAGCGAGCACUUCUUGCAAACAAUGAAAAACAUGUCAAGUGUGGUUCCACAUACCUCAAACAAAGAAAUACCAGAAAUCCUCAUUAAACUUGGUUUUAUGAGGCAUGAUAGUAAUUUCUUUAGUAAGAUAGACAGACAGUCAUAUUUACUUCUACAUGCUGAACUCAUGGAUGUAAAUGACAAAAACUCAGUGUUGGACCAGAUCUACAACAUUAACCGCUCUCGGUUUUCCCGCCUUUCAAGUGAAGACAUGAAAAGACUUCAGAACUUCCUGCAGUCUGAAGUUUCCACAUCCAAAAACAAUCCUGAGUAUAAGAAGAAGCUUAAAUCAUUACCAUUGUUUGAAACAAUGAAUGGUACACGAGUAAGGAUAGAUGGACCUGCAGAGGUAUUUGUCCUAAACACUUACCAUACAGAGAGAUUUCCAGAUUUGGUCACUUUGCCCAACAUCAACUGCAUCCUUCUCAAAUACAACCUAGAAAACCGGACUCUGGCAGAACUGCUGAAUAUUACAGUCCUGGAUGAUUUGGAGUAUUUCAUGAAGUUCCUUCUGCCCAUUGUGCACACACUCACAGAGAAACAGAGUUUUCACUGCCUCAAGCUGUUGUUCUCACUACGUCAUCAUAACAACUUUCAUAAGUUCAAGGACAACAUUGUUUCCUCCAUGAAAACAGUAAAACUGAUUCGCAGUUCUCAAGGCAGACUGGAAACAGCAUCGUACUACUUUGAUGACGGUGUUGAACUUUACAGGAGAAUGCUGCCUAAAGAGAAGUUUGUGCCUGAGACAUUUUGGAGUGAGUUGUGUGAUGGGAAAAAAUAUGCAACAGAAGAUGCAAAAAAGCUGAUCAGAGAGCUUGGAAUGAAGCAUGAAGUGUCAAAAGAUGACAUAAUAAAAUUUGCAUAUCAGUUAGAAUCAGAAGCAAAAGGAAAUGGUAAACUUGAAGAACUGAAACAAAAAUCAGCAUUACUUCUUGAAGCAGCUUUGAAUAAAGCGAGUAAAGACAAAGACGGGAAGUUGCUGCGGAACAUAGCCGACAUCAGGUUCAUUUUUCCUGAGAAGAUUCGAGAAGAACUUUGUAACUAUCACCAACCAUUUGCUACAGAGAGAGAUACUGUUACAAUCAGAGGAUCUUUGAUCAAUAGAGACCAGAAGAAUCAAGAUUUGAUUUGGUCUUCAAUGCCAAUUAUACAUUUACCAUUCAGUAGACCAAAUGUCCUGCAAAUGAUGAAAGAUGCAGGAGCUCAUGAACAACCACCUCCACACUGUGUGACCAGUAACAUGAAAAACAUCUGUCACUUACCAUGUAAGACUGAAGAGUUGAUCAAAACCCGUGCUGAUGUGUUUCGGAGUUCGUACGCCUACCUGCAAGCAAAGGGCUUUGAUGGACAGUCACUGGCUGGACUUCCUGUUGUGCUGGUUGAAGAAGACACACAACUUGUAAAGCCUGAAAAUGUGUGUCUCUCACUCCAUAAUGACCUUGACUUCAGACCAUAUUUGUACCAAACUCCUCCACAAGAUGCCAUUUAUGCAGAGUUCUUCAAGAAGGUUGGUGUAAAGAAUGCAGCUACUGCGGUGCAGUACUGUAAUGUCCUGGCAGAUGUUUAUGCUGAUUCUUGUGACAAACCACAAAUGAACCCAAAUCAGCUGAAGGCUGUAAAACGAGCCGUUGAGCAGUUGUUUCAGCUAAUUAAAGCUCAAGGAAACCAGAUUCUCAAUGAUGAUGUCAAGACUUUAUAUCUUCCUGCAGUGGAUGGAAAGUUACAUCCAUCACACUCCCUGUACUACAACAACACAGUGUUUGAGACCAAAAGGAUGGAAGAAGCGCUGGAGAAUCAGUUCCUGUUGCUGGAGAAACUCAGUAACUGUCAUUUGGACGAUGACAUCUAUGAGCAACAUCGACUGGUCCAGCUGCUGCCUCGGAAAUUUCAACCUCAGAUGUUGUCUGAGAUCACUCAGGAAGGCAUGGUGGAAUCACAGCUUUGUGAGCUUGGGACCAGUUGUGACUUUAGUGGAUGGUUUAAUAAACAUCUUUCUUCAAGAGCUUUCAGACAUGGACUAAUCUGUCUUCUCAGAGAACAGUCUCAGGGUAAAACAACACAAGAAGAGGCAGAAAAGAUGUGUGAGAAGACCUUUGGCAGUAUUCAUAUUGUCUGCUGCAAAACUCUGAAAACAAUGCUGUGGCUGAACAAAGAGCCUCUACACAAAACUACCAGAGAAACUCAUGUUUUUGUCAAACGAGAUCAACAAGGCUGCACCUUCUACUUACAACACAAUCAUGACAUGGCUCCAAAAGUUAUAAAUAAAGUUAAUAUGACAUUGACAAAGGAGAUGAAUGCUCUUUUAGGACACCAGAUAUCUUCAGCUCACCUCUUAGUGCUUGGACAACUUCUUAUGUGUGAUGAUCUGGAAGAUGUUCUUAAAACUCUAGCUGAGAAUGAGAUCCGUGACAGCGCUGAAACUGAAUGUUUAAUCCUCAAUCCACCAGCCCCAGGGACAGAUAUUCCUGUUGAAUGGCAUGAUUCAUUGGACAUGAGCUUCCUAAACAACUUUGAGGAGGGAGAAUAUGUUGGUUACAGCACAAACAAUAAGUACAUUUAUGCAAUUGUUGUUGAAGAGCUUCCUGGGUCCUGCGGACGAUAUUCUCGGAGAUAUAACAUAGAAAUUGGAGAGGACGAGCUUGUGCAAGUCAGUCAUCUUGAUCUAUAUCAGUUUAAACGAGAAAAGAAACUAAAACAAGAGGGAGAAACGUUUGCAUACUCCAUGGAUCUGAUGCUGCUGGCAGGAUCUCCACCACAUUCUUCCAAACCUUCAAAAAGUUCCUUACCAGCCUCUUUUAAUGAAGCCAAAAAGGAAAUUGACAAAUGUCUGUCUGAGAUCUGGAGUCUUCCUGAGGAGGAGAGGCAGAAAGGCAUCAAGCGACUGUACCUUAGAUGGCAUCCUGACAAAAAUCCUGACUGCCAGGCACUCGCCACAGAGGCUUUCAAAUAUUUACAGAAUCGCAUUAAUGAGCUCACCAAAGGCAAAAAUGUAAGACCAUCCCAUUCAUCCCAUUCAUCCCAUUCAUCCCAUUCCAGCAGAUACUAUGAUUUCAGCGACUUCUUCCACCAGUGGAACCAGGAGGCCAGGUAUCACAGAAGCAAUCGAGAAAGAUUCUCUAGAGGCUACCGUUCCUACAACUUUUGGAGCUACAACACAAAUGUCCCAAGACCAAACAAAGAGGAGGCCCAGCGCUGGUAUAAACAGGCUCGCUGUGAUCUAGACGCUGCUCAAAAAGACACUGAUGGAGGAAGCACAGAGUGGUGUCUGUUUAAAGUUCAUCAAGCAGUGGAGAAGGCUCUCAUAGCUGCAGAGUAUAAACAUAAUGGUCAACGCCCCACCAGCAGCUCUAUUUCAGCAAUCGCAGAGAAAGUUUCCCACUACCACCCUCUACUGAGAGAUCUGCCUCAAAUAGUGGAACAUCUGGUGACCCUGGGAGUGGACGCCAAGAAGACUCAAUAUCCCAACUACCAUCCAGUUCCCCAUAUUCCAAAUGGACAGUUCAGAUCAGAGAAGGGAAUGUUGGCGCUGAACAAGGCGUCUGAGCUGCUGAGUAAAGUGGAAAGAUAUGUGAACUAGACAGGAACUCAGGGACUCGUGCUCUGUCUUAAGAAAGUGAUCUGGUAUGCACUAAGAUAAAAUGGUUUCUUUUUUUUCUUUCUUCAUGCUUCUUUACCAGCUUUUAGAAAUUGCAGCUGGUUGUUUUUGUGACUUUUUGGGAGAAGAUUUCGGGAUUUUUGAGUUAAUGCAACAUUUUAUAGUAAAUGUUGAUGUAAUCAAAGCAACAAUCAUUUAAAAAAAAGCUGAAAAUGUGAUUACUGAAAUUAAUGUUGUUUGUUUUGAAAAUGUAAAAUAAUGUUAUUUUCGAUGCAUUUAUGACUUUUUGCUGAUGAAUGCUGUAAUCACUGGAUGACCUUGGUUGGUUUGCUGUCAUUUUACAGCUCUCACUGAUUACAAUAUAUUCUAAACAGUCUUUGUGUAAUUUUUACACAAAUAAUUUACUGAAGUGCUUUAGAUUCAUGUAAAACUUUGCCAGUUUGUCAAUAUCUAGAAAUACUCCCUAAAGGAUGACAUGCUAUAUAUGACUGUUAUAAAAAUACAAAUGUCAUGGUGUCAUUCUUUAUGCAGAGUAAUUACUGUUUUGUAUUUUAGUAUCUUUCAUUUAAAAAUAUUUUUUAUUCAGAUUAGCUUAAGUUAGUUGCUUAAAGGGUUUUGUUUUAAUUUUGAGGAUUUAAAAUUGUAAACCAAUGUUUCGUCUUGCCUGCUGUUUGAGAAAUGUGACCAAAUCUAUAAGGACUUAAACUAAGAUAUUUCUUAAACCCAUCAUUUAAAAUGCACUUGAUCAAAAUAUAGUCCUGUUUUGUCUUGUUUUGUUUUUUGUUUUUUUUUUGUUCUGUUUUUGCUUGUUUUUUUAUUUCCAAAGUCUACUUGAGUUCAUAUAACAUUUAUCUUUCUAUAUAACUUUGUUCUGUAAAUGGCAGUUUUUAGUUGUUGUUUCUUUUAAACAUGUAUGACUGCAUGUGGACCAAUAUAAUCUGUGAAGAUAUGCUGAUAUCACAGCUGCUUUUUUGUUAGAAAUAUUGUUGGAAAUAUUAAACCUGUAAUAAUGGCCAGCAUGCUCACUGUAUUUUGUUAUUAUGAAAAAAUAAAUGGUAAAACUGUC